AUGUUUGUCGAAUGCUGCCGUAGGGGAUCCCUCCCACAAGGCGCUUCCGAGACCUUUCUCCUUCCCCGGCCCAUUAAGAAGGCCUCAGGAGCUUCCGCUGCCAAACCGAAGACAGCCGAUCCUGCCCGCAGCAGCAGCAGCGGCAGCAGGGCUUACGGCGGCAGUAAUGGGGGGUGGGACCACGCUUCGAACACAAGGUCUGCAGCGGCAUCUCCGUCCAGCACUUCAUCUGCAUGCAGAAGUGCAGCCGCAAAAGGAGGAGGAGCACCACGAGAUGCGGAGGAGAAAGCCGUGGCUGCGAAAGGAGGCGCUCCUGGUGUUGGAGGGCGUAGGGCCGAGAUCGAAGGCCCCUUCUCUCCUUCCUUCUUCCAGUCGUCUGUUUUAAGAGACUCCGAUAGGCAGCUGGCCUACCUGAUGCAGAUCCUGAAAGGCAUUCAUUACUUGUAUUUUAGAGCCGUUAAUCGGCUGAUUAGGGCGCACCGCCGCAGUCCAGUGCAUAGGCAACAGGACUCGCAGGCAGGCGGCAACAGCAGCAGCGGCAGCAGCAGCAGCAGCAGCAGCAGCAGCAGCAGCAGCAGUGCAGCGAGCAGCAGUGGAGAAGGUUCUGGAGAGGAACGCAGCGGAGUGCAUUCCUGCAACGGCAGGAUCAAGGCGCCUAGUGCUUCUGGUGGCGAAAAUCCUCGGGAACGCGUAGGGCUUUGCAGGAGAAAGAACCGUCUCACGGAGGAUGAGUCGUGCCCGAUUGCCCUCUCCGUGCUUCGUAAUCUGCCGGAUGUCUCCUGGGUGUUGCAGGCCUUUCGGCAACAGGCACUGCGAGGUACUGUAAUAUCGUCUACCGGAGUGCAGGGCCGCCAUCUGCCACGCCUCUCUUGCACCGAUUUGGGCCGUCUCAUCACCGUCUUGGGGGGCACCGUCUCCGACGAUUUUACGGAGAAUUGCACGCACCUCCUGUGCACAAAAGUGACGGACAAGUAUCUGCAGGCCACCAAAAUGGGCCUUCCAAGAGUCCAUAUAACGUGGCUUGAAAAAGCUUUGUACACUUGGAGGUAG